AUGUCCGAGGGAUCGGGACCCGAGCCUGACUGGCUCACCAUCACCGUGUGCCACCGCAAGCACGACUACCAGUUUACGCUCCCCGACGACGCCUCCGUCUCCGACCUCUUUGACGAGAUCGAAGCGAGCCUCGACAUACCCGUUUGCCAUCAAAAGAUUCUCGUCCCCAAGGGCCCGCUGCUGAAGGCGCCGUUCAAGGACGCCGGCCCGUCGCUGCGCUGCCUCCAAGGGAAGACGCUCACGCUGCUCGGAUGCGGCGCCGCCGAGGUCGCGGCCGUCAACGGCAUGGCCGACCGCGUGGCCCGACGAAACGCGGCGCGCAUGGCGCAAAAGGGCAAGGUCAAGACGGGCCGCCGGAGCCAGGCGAGGACCGAGGAGGAGGCGAGGUACACCUUCCUGCAGCUCCGGUCCCUGCAGGGCCUGCCCCAUCCCGAGCGCAGCCUGGCGCUGCUCGCGCGGCUCAAGGAGGACCCGGGGAUCCGGGCGGCCAUGCGCAAGCACAAGUUCACCGUCUCGCUCCUCACCGAGAUGGAGCCCCUCGCGCACAUGUCGUCGACGCAUGAGGGCACGUCGCGCACCCUCGGCCUCAACCGCAACCGUGGCGAGGUCGUUGAGCUGCGGCUGCGGACCGACGCCCACGACGGCUACCGCGACUACAAGACGAUCCGGAGGACGCUGUGCCACGAGCUCGCGCACAACAUCCACGGACCGCACGACGACAAGUUCUGGGCGCUCUGCCGCCAGAUCGAACGCGAGGUGGACGCCGCCGACUGGAAGUCGGGUGGCCGCACCAUCGGCGAGACCUCGCGCUACGUCGUGUCGGGUCAGGCCGACGGCGGCGACGGCGAGGACGCGCACGAGGACGACGGCGGCUGGACCGGCGGCGAGUUCGUGCUCGGCGGCGUCAGGGACGCGACGGCCGGCCUGAGCCGCCGAGAGGUGCUCGCCCAAGCGGCGCUGGAGAGGCAGCGCAAGGAGACGGAGGCCGAGCGCAAGGCGUGCGAUGCCGUCGAGAAGGGGUGGCGGCCGUGUCGGCGGUCGCAGCCCAACAAUGACGCCAAGUGA